CGAUCAGCUGACACCGUCAACACAACACCAACCAUCACCGCCAGGUUUGCACAUCAAGUCUUAGCUUCUAGACACAACACUAAAGUCUUGCCAGACCGCCAACAUUGCCGCGUCUUCAAGCAUCACACGUGCAGUCGUCGGGAGAAGAAAAUCUUCACGCAAACUACAUAUAUCAUUAAGCUAAUGAGUGUGGUGGCCAGAUUGGUGACUGCCUCGGUUGCCCGGACACUCCUCUUCACCAGCUACUCUCCUGUGUGCUCGACUCCUGUGGCCAGGUCACUACAUGGAGCCCGCUUCACCCCAGUUUUCUUGCUCACCAGUGCCCGGGAAAUGACGACGAAAGGAAAGGGGGCACAAAAACUAACAGCAGGGGAGCGAGAGUCAAAACUAAAGCCUCUACUGGACGACAGCUGGACAAUGGUAGAUGGUCGUGAUGCUGUGAAGAAAACAUUCCUCUUUAAGGACUUCAAUGAGGCCUGGGGAUGGAUGGGUCGUGUUGCACUGAGAAGCGAGAAGAUGGACCACCACCCAGAAUGGUUCAACGUAUACAACAAGGUGGAAGUUACUUGGUCGACGCAUGAUUGUGGUGGAUUGUCUUCCAAAGAUAUCAAUAUGGCCACCUUUUGUGAUGACACCUUCAAGCUGUCCAGCAAGUGAGGAAGAGGAAGAACUUCAUUGUCAGGAGAAAGAUGAUUCUCAAAAGCAAGAUAUUAUGUGAUAAAUCUUAUGCAGGGAAGGAUGAUUCUCAUACGCAAGAUCUAAUAUGAUGAAUCACCAUACACAAAGCUAGAUUUGAAUUGUAAGUAGUGGAUAUUAAUAGAAUUACAUUAGUACUGUAUAGUUAUACUUUUAUUUUUAUAUAUUAUAUAGAAGUCUUAUCAGUUGUUUUAAUUCAGUAUGUGUGGACAAGAUCAAGCUAAGAUCCACAAACAAGUAUGAAUUUAGCCAAAAUACAAGAGUAGUGUAACCGAUUCAAACUCAUAAACAGUCGUUUACAAUGCUAACACGAUAUCAAGACUACUUGAAAACUCCAUACAAGGUGUGAAUUUGUAUUAUAUACUGUAGAUAACUGUAAAUGAGUGCUUGUGCAAUUGGCCAUGGAUUAGAGGGUUUGUACCAAUUGAUGCUUUCAUCAAUUAAUACAGUACAGUAUUGGACAGUCCUUGCAACCAUUUAUAGUAAAAUGGAUACCGUGCUAGCAAGGAAAACUACUGUUUGACGGUUCAGGCUCCUCAUAUUGCUCUUGUAUUGUAUCUAGGUGAUAUAUUUGGCCAUUUCUAGUGGAUAAUAGAAUGAGUAUUACAUUGGUCAUAGAGUACAGUAUUGUAGUAUCCUUGUAUAGAUGGACAUAUGCUUGUCAUUCAGUUCUUCGUUACUGCUAUCCUUUUUUUUUUCUUGGUGGAUAGCUGCUGUUGAUUGUGUUGAUUAGUUAAUGAAAGAUAAUGUUGCCUUGCUGAAGUUAUUAUAUUUCCUUUAUAUUGAACCUAUUGUAAAAUUGAUGUUUAUGAUAAUGUUAAUAGUUGAUUUUUAUACUGUACUUUGAACCCAUUUUCCUAGUUUUGUAAUUUGAUUAAGCUUUUAACUUUGCACAUAUUGCAUUGAUUAUAUACGUACUCGUGGCACCUAUUAACUCUUUUUAAUAACUGCUUGCUUAUAUCUUUCCUUUCAUCCAUCUUUUCUCAAGCUUGCUAGCUAAAGGAAUAACUUGCAUAUUUUCUUAUAAUACACCACUAUCUGAUUCAAGGUCUUUAUUUGUAUAUUUAUGGUGAAAACACCAGUUGAAUCAAGCACUGCAUUCACAUACUUCUUGCAGCAUUAACAAGAUUUCAGUACAAUAUUGAUAGCCAAGUCACAUUUGCUCUUUUCAUAUCAAAGGUUUGAAGAUGGUCAGCAUUUAAAGUGGUAAAGUGGCAUACACCAUCCUGUGUCAAAAUGUCAUAACAUUCAGUAUGCUAUUACAGGUACUUGAAUUCCUUCAUAUCAUAUUAAGUACAAUAUUAUAUUUAAUUAUUUUUAAAUACAUUAGUACUGCAUUCACAAAUUUCUUCAUAUAUAAAAAAUUUCUGGGCCAUCAUUUGGCAAAUAUUUUUACUUAAUUACUGCUAAAUGUUUAGCACAUCUGAAUAAGUAGUGAUGUGGAAUUAAUAAAGAAAAUAUAAGUCUCUUGAAAAAUCUUGAAGAAAGCUCUGAAAUUUGCUUAGUUAAUUUGGUUAUAUGAAAAAUGAAAAUAUAAA